AUGUCUCGCCGCCUCUCAAGCUCCUCUCCGCGCGCAUCGACCUCCCCGGCCGCCACCAGUCCCGCCAAAUCCCGAGUCACCAUUGCCGCCGACGAGAUCACCCCCUUGCUUCGAAAGGCCUCUCGAUCGCUUUCGAACACAUUCUAUGGGGAUCCCCGACCACUCGCUCGGAAUGGGGAUGCGAAUGGGAGGAUAGGGGAAGAAGGGUCGGAUGAUGAGAUUGAUGGAGAGGGGGGAAGAGAGGUGGAGGUUUAUAUCCCGGGCAGGAGCACGUUCAUGCAGACUCUGCUCAAUUGCUUGGCGGAUAUAGUAGGCACAGGCCUCUUGGCUUGUCCAAUAGCCAUAGCGCACCUCGGCUGGGUCUUCGGGCCUCUUCUUCUGGUCCUCACUGGGCUAGUGUCUUUAUGGACUCUCAAGAUCAUGCUUCGGAUCAUAGAGAAGGAUCGUCGCCUGCGCAGUUUCACAGACGUGAUAGGGUACGGCCUGGGGCCGAUAGGGGAGAAGGUCGUGACUGCUUUGUUCUUCUCGGAGUUUGCGAUCUGGAUUAUCGCCCUGGUCGUGCUGUUCUCAGAUACCCUGGCUGUCGUCUGGCCCAUCUACUCAACGGACGAGUGGAAGAUUGUUGGACUCAUCGUCAUCAUACCCACCUCCUUCUUGCCUCUGCGUUAUCUUGCCUUUUCGUCCGGCCUCGGCGUGAUCUCCACCUACGUCCUGGUUGGCAUCUUGAUAUUCUCGGGUAUAGCUACUCCCACAUCUCCAGGCUCUCUGCGCGACCCCGCGCCAACAGAUCUCUGGCCAGCGCACGGCGCGGCGAAAGCGCUGGUAGCCAUCGGUCUCCUCGUUUCAGGGUUCGGCGGACACGGCCUCAUCCCCAAUCUCAUCCGGGACAUGCGCCACCCCAAACAAGCUGACCGGAUGUGCGAGACCGCCUAUGGAAUCGCGAUGGUCAUUUACAUUGCGGUGGCUGUUUGCGGGUAUCUCAUGUAUGGCCGGAAUGUGUCUGAUGAGAUCAGUAAAGAUCUCGCUCGGACACCAGGGUUCUCGCCUAUGCUCAACAAUGUGGCAGUGUGGAUGGUAGCUCUGAAUCCUCUGACCAAGAUCCCACUUGGACUCCGACCCUUCAGUGACAUCCUCUUCUCCUACCUCCACCUCCACCCCACAAUCCUCAUCCCCGAAUCCCAAAAAACACCGCACGUCACCCGUCCCUCCUCCCUCCUCUCCGUCCCAUCCGCCACCUCCUCCCUGACCGCCCUCCAAGCGCAAGCGCAGGCGCACACGGACGGCCUCGACCUCGCCGCCGAGCGCCAGCAUAACCGGCGCGAGCGCGCCAAGUACUUUUUGAGGCCUGUGAUCCGCUUAGUGCUUGCUGUUCUUGUGACUGUGGGGGCGCUGGUCAUGCCGAGCUUUGAGAGCUCGAUGGCGAUCCUCGGAGGGGGAUUUGGGGUGAUUAUGAUUAUUGUGUUGCCGGUUUGGGCGGCGGGCGAGGCGUUGGGUUGGAAGAGGUGGUAUGGGGCUGUAAUUGCCGCGAGCUUGGUUUUGGCAGCGGCGGGCACGGGGGCGGCUAUUUUCACGGCGAGGGAUACGCGGGAUCUAUGA